AUGAACCUAAUAACUGGUUUCUUGAACCAGUUCAAUCAAGUUAUGUCUCAAUUAUCAUCGAUGACUACAUAUCUAGAUACAAGCUUAAAUGGAUCUUACACUCAUAAUAUUUUUAUAUCUCGAAGAAGCUACAUUGCUUCACAAUAG